AUGAGGCAGCUGCAACUGGCCCGCGGUGCGGCAGCAAGCAAGAUGGUUGCGUCCAGAGCGGCACUCCAGUCGCUGCAAAGCGUCAACGUCAACGACUUGUCGCACAACGAGAAGAUGUGCGUCAUCUGCUACAACGACUAUGGGGUCGAGAGCCCCGAGGGCAUCAACGAGGCGCCUCUUCGCCUCCCCAAGUGCAAGCACGUGUUUGGGGAGCACUGUAUCAAGAAGUGGUUCGAGGACUCGGACAGCUGUCCGUACUGUCGUGACAAGCUACCCUCGGAACCAAAGCCCAACCACGGCUCGGCGCGAACCUUUCUGAACAUGAUGCGCCUGCGCGGAUAUCCGCUGCCCACAGGGAGCAUCCCGGAGCAUCUCCUUUCGCGAAUCAUGGGGAAUUCGGUGGGAGACGACGAUUUCAUCAAUGCCAUGGCACGCCAGGGCCGUGCAGUCGAGAGACGUUCGCCGCCCGAUGACGCCACUGGAGAGGACCAGCGCCGAACACGCCAGCGCCGGGGCAGCCCAACCCCCCCCGAUCGUGCUCUUUCAGCUUCUCGGGGAGCUCGGAAGCACCCCAGAAUGUUGCCGCUGAGCGCGCGGUAG